UGCAUUGUUUUUGUUUUGGUUUGCUGUUGUGUGUGUGCGCGUGUGCUCCACAUCGCGUGCCCCGUAGGGCAAACGCAUUGUGACCGGAACAGCUCAAUCAAAUAUCGUCAACCACUCAAUAGCGGUAACGGAAGGUAACGCGCGGGACGUUUCGGGCUGUGCGGGUCUACUACUUGCACAAACUACUUGCUCAACCAUGAUGAACGAUCCGGCCGCCCUCGGGAUGAUCCCGUUCGAUACGAUCGGGCUGUACGAGCAGCCGAAACCGCGGUUUAUCUUUAAAAUGCCGCGCGUCGUACCGGACCAAAAGUCCAAGUUCGAAAGUGACGACCUCUUCAAGAAGCUAAGCCGUGACAGUGAGGUACGGUACACGGGCUUUCGCGAUCGUCCGAUCGAGGAACGGCGGGGCCGUUUCCGGGCGGGAUGCUGCGAGGGUCACACGGAGGUGUCGUUCGCCGCCACCGGCAUUAACCUGCAACUCGUCUUCAACCCGAACCAUGGCCUCUACCACCACCCGCACCACCACCACCAUCACCAUCCCGCCCAUCUCGGACUGGAGAAGGAGUGUGACUUCGACAAGGAGCACGGCAAGGUUCACAUCAAAUCCCACUUCAUCAUGAACGGUGUGUGCGUACGCUUCCGGGGUUGGCUCGAUAUGGAGCGCCUGGACGGGAUCGGUUGCCUGGAGCUGGACGAGAAGCGGGCCGCCCAGGAGGAUGCGAUCCUGCGGGAGCAGCUCGAACGGUACAACCAGCGCCUGCGGGACUUCGAGGACAAGCAGCGCACGUACCAGCGCACCACGCAGGACGAGUUCGAGCAGAUGCGCCGGAACGGUUCCGGGAUCGGUGUCGGUGUGACGGCCGGUGCGUCCGGCAUGUGGAGACGAUAAGCCGUAGAUGGGGGGCGCUGUUAGACAGAACGUGCCAAACAACGGAGAAACCGCUAAUCUGGGGACCCGCCCACGCCACGCAUUGCAAAAAAAGCAAAACAAAACAACAACACACCGCUCACAGAGCGCUUCGGUGCUUGUGGUUCGAACGCGCCCGAGGCGCAUUUUCCCCUUCUGUCCGCGGGCACCUUAACACCAACACACGGGUGCCACCGUUGCGAGCGGGGUAGGUCCCCUCUCCUCUCUCCCCCGGGGCAAACCCGGUCGCCGGGUCUCGGAGACCCGUUAGGUCCAGAUCUGUCAAACGGUGGGGACUUCCAGGGGGUGAGUGUGCGCUCUGACUCUGCCGUGCUUUCGUUACACGUUUCCAGUGAAGCAGCCGUCAAAUUCUCCACCCUCCCCAAAUCUUUAACACCCAUAUUCAUACACACACACACACACUUACACACCUAUAUAUAUAUAAACUAUUAUGAUAAGAAUCCUUCCUUCUACUUCCCAAUUAAGCUAGCGAUCCUUACGAGAUUAGCCCCUCAUCUCUUUCGUCUGUCAGAAGGGUAAGCUUGAAGCCGAAUAGGAAAGAGAUGAGAGACGGAUACACACUCGCCACAAUACUCGCUGGCUGUGUUUUGUAUAUUGUACAUUGUAAAUCAACUGUGUUAUGGAAUUAUUAAUUAUUUGUACAUCCACCUUUCCCCAUCGACUUCCCCAUCUUGUCCCAAAUGCUUCCUUAUCCUUUGUGUGGUUUUCUCACAAAUGGUUUUUGUUUUGGAUUUCUCCAUCCCUUUCUUUUGCAACAUCUCCCACCGCUACACCGGUCUAGUGUAGCAGACUGGCGAGACCCGCAAAAAAAACACCAUUGUGUGAGAAAACAUAGUGCGCGCGUGUGUGUGUGCGUGUGUGAGUACUGUUUUUGAUUUUUCUCCACCAAAAAUAGUAGCCACGAAAAAAAAGACCAAAAAAGAAAAACUUAAACAAAUGUAAGGAUACUUAAUUGAUAUGUGAGAAUGCGGGAGGCGAGGGUGGGAUUGGAGAAGGCCGCGAUGUGCGGCACAAAGGGCUUGAGCUUAGCUGUAAGACUAGAGGGAAGUAAUUACACGGAGAGCGAGCGCCGGACACAAUUGUACAUUAAGUUUUUUAGUGAAAGUAGCAUUUUAAUGUGAAUAGCUCAAAAGAGGACGGAAAGUGGAAAAGAAAAGAGAGAGAAAAACUAGCAGAAAGCGGAAGGAUGUGAAGGGACACUGUUUUGCACACAAAGAUACCAAGCGCACGUUUAAGGGCACGGCACGUAAUUGCGGUUAUUUUAAAGGUUAACAUGAAAAUCUUUGACAGAAGAAACACAAAAAUCUCCCAAAACAGCAACUCCAGAGUGCGACACGGUCCAGCAAAGCCAACGCAACAUUGUUUCGUUUGCAUCCGAUUUCGUCGCAACUAACAUGCCAAAAGAAAACCCUCAACGGUAUAGUAACAACAGCAACAAAAAAAACACAAGAAAAAAAAACAAAACAAAAAAAAAGAGACAGUAAGAAAGGCGUGAAGAAUGAAAAGAAAAAAGUGUAAAUAUUAUUGAAUAAGCAAAUGGUAAACUCAAUUGACGUAAAACGAACAAAAUAGAGAUGGUAAAACUGAGAGAUCAACAUUUUCUAGAUGCGUAAACCAGUUCCGGGCAAGAGGACACGAACACGAAAAUAAAGGAGAGGAAAAAAACAUAGAAAACUUAACAGAACAUAGCAGACAAACAUUACACACAGCGGAAAACAAACUCGCUCCUAGAAAGAACAGAUCGAUAUUACUAAAUUUCGUUUCAAACAAAGCAAAAAAAUGUGAAACUGUCUUAGAAAUGUCACUAUUUAUGGAAAAUAGCAUAAAUAGAUAGUGAACGAAGGAUAGCAAACAGAAGGAUAAAAAAAGCAUAAGCGAGCGAUCAAUGUGGACAAACAAACAAACCAAAAAACAACACAAAAAAAACACAGAAAACGAAACAAAACAACCCGAAACGGAGGAGAAAAAAAGCAGAUAAUAUACAUAACAAAAAAAUUAAAACAAAAAGCAUAAACACAUUUUUUCGAUUUUUGACAAGUGAUAUCCAUAAAACGUACCUUCGUUUGUUUCCCAUACUUUACGUCAAUUCGUUUUCUGUUUUCUGUUUUUUUUUUGUUUUGUUUUACAGCAACACCCCCAACCACCCUGUCACCCCUUCAUAAACCGAGUACUGAUAGUGUUAACUGUACCCGUGUACGUGUGCGCGCAUGUGUGUGUGUGUGUUUUUUGUUCUUUUAUUUAAUUAUAAUCGUUAGCAAAACAAAACAAAACAAAACAAAAUGAAAAAAAACAACACACACAAAAAAGAAACAAAGAUUCACUCGCUAGUUUGUAAUAAUAUUAUUAUAGUUAUUAAUUGAUGCUGAUAAAAAAUAUAUUUUAUAUAUUUGCUUUUGAAAAUGGUUUUCAUUGUGUAUGUUUUUUUUGUGCCUUUAUUUUAUUCAUUUUUUUAUCUUUGUGUUUGUGCAUUUUUGUUUACAAAAAAAGGAAAAAUAAAUCCGAAUUCUACCCCAUUGCGCAGUAAGAGGUUAAAAAAAGUAUAUUGUUCGCUCAAAUGUCAAAUCAAUCAAACAAGAUCAAACAGGUUAGAAAUUGAUUUGCGUAAGAAACGGAUCUGCCGGACAUUUUCCAGCAGCUUUUGCAUCGUUUCGAUGUGUGGAAAAAAAACGUGUUAUCGAUGUCUGUGUCCCGUAUUGAAAGUUUGCUGACACAAGAAGGAGAAGACUAAUCGCCCAUCCCUCCACACGCUCCCUUCUUCUUUCCCCUUUUCGCCCACCAACAGACAGUGAGCAAAGGAAAGGGAAUAUCAGUACGUGGUACACGGCACAAUAGAGCACAAGCGAAAGGCAAAAGUAAAACAAUGGAAAGUAAAUUUAUUGUAUCAUCCAGUAAGAAGUAAAGAAGGAUAAACUGCAUCCCUAGCAACAAACUGAUAUUAAAAUACAAAAAAUGGUGAAACAAACACUAAAACAAACAAAACAGAAACGGAAAUAGAGAUUUCUUUUUGUUACGUAUAUCCUACGAUGAAA